UUAAACCAGGCGGCCAGAAGGGGGGCGCUUCAUAAAGCUUUGGCAGCAGUUAAGUUUUUUUUUUUUUUUUAAGCCGAUAAAUUUAACUCUUUGCUUGCCCGUGCCGGAGGACAGACAAAGGCAGCGGGAGUCAUGGAAGAGGACAAAGUUGUGUACUCCCGGUCGCAGCUGGUGUUCGCGGGCAUGAAGCCGCUAGAAGACGCCUUGGAAAUCUUCGUACCGGAGUCCAAGCAUUUCAUGAACUCGGACACGGAGCUGUGGAACUUCCUGUGCAGUCUGAAGCGGGACUUCUCCCCGGUCAUUCUCCGCAGCAAGGACGUGUACGGCUACUCUUCGUGCCGCUCCGUGGUGCCGGACCCCAGCCAGCUCUCCAGCAAGAAAGCCAAAGAGCAGCCGCCGCCGCAGCCGCCCGCCCAGCCCAAGAAGCCGCCGCUGAAGAGAAAGCGGAGAGGCAUGAGGCUGAGCUGCAGAAAGCGCCGGCGGGAGUCCAGCGGCACCAGCAGCGGCUGCAGCAGCCCGACCCCUUCGGAGGUCCCGAGCUUGGUCGGCCGAUCGCUGGAGGACAUUUGGAAAGCAGCGGUCCCGAAACUGACCACCUUCCCCACCAUACGGGUCAGGGACGUCUCGUGCCAGGCGAAGGUGGCCGCUGCCUGCCGGAGGGCUCAGGAGAUCCUGCAGGUGAACCUGCAGCCGGUGGUGAGGAUCCGCCGCUUCCCCCUGGCGUGGCCCUGAGCGGACUGCUGGCUCUGGAGGUGGCUGCUCCAGUGACCCGUGCUCAGCCUGUUUACAUGUCUCUCACCGCACUUUACUCCUCUACUACUAGAAGAGCGGGACCGGACUCGCUGCAGAACCCACAUGGGAGUCCAGCAAGCAUGGACGGGACACUGGAGAGGUGCCCUGACUAUGGCAGCCUGCAUGCCCCUUGCGAUGCCAGGUCUCUGGCAACAGGUUUCCUUGUGUGCGACCUGUGCAUUGUCACUACCUCAGUCCCCUAUCCAAAGACUGAUUUCUUACAUCACUAAUGUUAAUGUUGUGCCAAGUAUUCUGAAAGUGACCUGAUGGCGAUGAACUGUGCCGACUGGAUGCCUGUUUAUGCAAACUAGUAUUUUUUUAUAUAUUUUUUUUUCAUUGGGUCAAGGGAAUUGCAAGAACAUUACAAGUGUCUGCUUUUGUAUGUGCCAAGCCUGAUGAACAAACUAGACGUAGUCCUUUUUUUUUUCUUUUCUUUUCUUUAGGUGUUUAAUAAAGACCUUUAGUCCAGUCGCCAGUCAUGUUUUCCGCGGGGCAUGGGAUAGCUGUAGUUCUUGUGGACAUGUAACUUGCGCAAGACGCAGUAUUGUUACAUUUUGAGGAAGGAUAAUUUAUUCUUGUUUUCCAUAAAUGUGACUGGUGCUGACAUGACAGGUACACCCGGCGGUAACCGUGCACGUGGUGCCACCUGUAACCGAUUUAUGUGCCUUUCUACAAAUCCACGUGUUUACGGCACCACCGCGGGUGACUGUUGGACGGUUUCUGGUGCUGUGCUGAUUAUUUAAUGCUUUUUCCAGAACCCUUCUACAGCUUUCUUUCUACUUUGUUAUAAAAGUUGAAUAUACCCUUUUUGUUUUUUAUAUAUUUUUGUUUUUUUUGCCCUUGUGCCACUCCCUAGGCUCAUGCCUAUCGUCUGGUGCCACAGUGGUUCACGUGUAUAAAAACUAGUGUAGGCUAUUAAAUAAAGCAGC